AUGGGGCCCUGGUGCUGCUGCCUGCUGCUCCUGGCGCUGCUGCCCGCCGUCCCCCAUGCCCAGCAGCAGCAGUUCAUGGAGUAUAUGGAGCGUCGCCUCGCACUCCUCGAGGAGCGGAUCUCGCAGUGGCAUGACCAGAGCAGCCGCUACUCCACGGAGCUGCGGGACUUCAAGAACCAGGUGUUGGGGAUGCUGGAGGCAGCAGAGAAGGAGCGGGAGGCGCUGCGGGCAGAGGCGGAGAGCGCAGCUGUGCGUGUGGACCGCCUGGAGCGUGAGGUGGACUACCUGGAGACCCAGAACCCCGCACCGCCCUGCGUGGAGGUGGACGAGACCCUCCUGGAGAAGCAGGUGGCCACAGCCAAGCAGCGGAAGAAUGAGAAGUAUGCCAAGGUGACAGACUGCAGUGACACCAUCGCUAGCGUGCGGUCCAUGAAGAUCCUGAAGCGCUUUGGCAGCGCCAUGGGGCUCUGGAGCAAGGACAUGGCAGGUACCUCCGAGAAGAUCUAUGUCUUUGACGGCACUGCAAACGACACCGUGUACGUCUUCCCUCGCAUGCGGGAGUUCACCCUCUUCUCGGCCACACGCAAGGCCGCCCGCAUCAAGCUACCCUACCCCUGGGUGGGCACCGGGCACCUGGUCUACAGCGGGCACCUCUACUACAUCCGCCAGCAAGGCCCCUUCCAGGUGAUCAAGUUCAACCUGGCGAACAAGACGGUGGUGGACAGCUCGGUGUUUCCGGCCGAGGAGCAGGUGCCCGUGUUCGGACUCUCCCCUUCCACCUACAUCGAGGUGGCAGCAGAUGAGGAGGGGCUCUGGGCCAUCUAUGCCACCAAGGAGAAUGAGAAGAACAUCUGCCUGGCCAAGCUGGACCCCGACUCACUGGACAUCGAACAGAUGUGGGACACACCAUGCCCACGGGAGAACGCCGAGGGUGCCUUUGUGGUGUGUGGGACACUGCAUGUGGUUUACAACACGCGGCUGCCCAGCCGCUCCCGUGUCCAGUGUGUCUUCGACGUCAGUGGCACUUUGGCUGCCGAGGAUGCCGCCCUGGUCUAUUUCCCCAAGCGCUAUGGCUCCCACUCGGGCAUGAAGUACCACCCACGCGAGCGGCAGCUCUAUGCCUGGGAUGAUGGCUACCAGAUCAUCUACCGCAUGGAGAUGAAGAAAAAGACGGAGGUCUGA